AUGACCGACAUCAGCGCUCCAGUAGAGACCUUUGCGUCUGGACGUUACUCCAAGCGCAAGAGGACUCAGAUCACAUACCACCUCGAUGAGCUGGACGUCUCGGACUCAGAGUCGGACUUUGACACGCCACAAGCAAAGAAGCGUGUAGUCGCGACAAGUUCCCGCCCGCUUCCCAAGCGCAAGAUCUUCCCCUUCCUCAAACUCCCCGCCGAGAUCAGAAACAUCAUCUACGAGUACGCGCUCACCGACCCCUCUGGCAUCAACCUCGUUGGCGUGUUCAAGCACAAGCGCCGCAAUGUAGAACGCAUAUCCGCCAAACUGCAAGCUUCACUAGUCGAAGGGUCCAGCUGGUCGGACGCACAUCGUAUGAGCAACAGCGUCCGGAAGAACCAAGAAGAAGAGCCAGCGCCUCUCGUCACGUCGCUGCUCGCAGUGAAUAAGCAGAUCCACCAGGAAGGCGUCGAUAUCCUAUAUGGUAAGAACGAAUUCAUCUUCACUGAUAGCUUCGCGUUGUACAACUUCAUGAUCAACCUCGGUCCCAACCGUUCCAAAAGCCUCAAAACGCUCCGCAUCCUAGGCUGGCUUCACGGCCGCGCUAUGAAGGCCUACAAUCACUCCUGCUUCGCUGUCCUUGUCUGGGCCACCAACAUAACCGCCUUCCACAUUGACUCCCAGAUUGGCUGGUACCGCGCGUCCAAGUACGGCGCCGACCAACUUUACCGCGACGCAUUUCCCUGGAUGGAAUCUGUGGGUAUGGCGCAAGGCAAAGUCGACGCCGUUGUCGACAUCAUCAAAUUGGGCGAGGAGUGUAUACAUGGGCAUCACGACUAUCGUCAUUCUCAAGCAGCGAAAUCGGGCGAGGAGAAGUACGAGGAAUUCAAGACGGCGUUGAGGAAGUCGCUGGGAGCACAGCGACAAAGAGUCAUGGCGCCGACUAGUCAGGUGAAGAGAGUUAAGGUUGUGAAGAAAGUGGUGGAAGAUGAGGAGUGA